CAGUUUCAGUCAUUCAGUGAAGUUCAGACGUCCGUCGAGGACUUUCGUGUCAAAUAAAUCUUAAACCCCGAAAAGAAAAACAACCCGACAGAACGGGCCCACAAGUGUCAGACGUGAUGUCAACGUCUGUGUAGUGUCUUUUUGGAAAUGGAUACGAGCGAGUGUCGAGUUCUGCUGAAGGCCUUGGCCCUCCUGGGCAGCUUGGUCCUGUGCCAUGCUCUCGUCGACCAGGAGUUCACGCCGGUCGUCACGGCCACAUGCAAGGCCGGCUACAUGACGAUCAAGAUACAGACGAAUUCUUCUUUCAUCGGCGCGGUACACGCAAAGGACUACAGGACACCAUCGUGCCUGACUUACGGCAACGGCACUUCGUCUGUCAGCCUCGUCGUCAACCUGUUCGCCUCGACGCAGUCCUCUGACUACUGCGGCGUUCUAGUCUCAAACAAAACCGAGGAGCGUUCCCUCCCUAUAGCCGUUAGGAUACACAAGACUCUUGAGCUCGCAGACGACAAAUUCUACGUGAUCACGUGCGGGAAGGCGGGCUUCAAAAACGCAAGGAACGAGACGUCUCUCGUGUCCCUGAAGAUGCUGGACAAGGAGAAGAAACGGAGACUGCAAGAGGUCUUCUACAGCCAUCCUUACGUUAUGCGAGCCGAGAUUUCCAGGCCUGAUGGGACGUACGGAGUUCGAGUCAAGUCCUGCUUCGCCUUCAACAGGAAGAACAACAGCGUCACCCUCAUCGACGACAGGGGGUGCCCGGUGAACAAGCAGGUGAUCACGCCUUUCAGCUACAACGAGGCGGACGGGCACGCCGACGCCGAGCUCCGCUCCAUGUUCCAGUUUCCAGAUGGGAACCAGAUCCAUUUCCAGUGCGACGUGGGCGUCUGUAAAGGAGGCUGUCCGGAAUUGAACUGCGAUGACGUGGCGACAACGAGGCCUGGCACAUACGACGGAGCGGUCGUCGCGUCGACCAGUGUCUUCGUCCUGCAACCCGGCGACGCCGCAGCUCUUGCUGAAGUGGUCGAAGCAUCGAUCUGGGGCCCGAGUUGGCUUCUCUACCUCGCCAUCGCCCUCGGCCUGCUCUUCCUCUUAAUGCUCAUCGUCAACGUCUUCCUUUGUUCCGCCAUGACUUGCUCCUGCUCGAGGACGCAGGUCGUAGAAAAAGAGCCGAGCGUGAUUGAAGACUACGACCCUUAUAGGAGCUGGCACGGUACCCAGUACGGCUCGAGGUACUCCCUCAACGGUAAAAGGGGCUACGUCUCCGGCGGUUCCACCCUCAACUCGGCCAGGUCCGUGUCGACCAACAGCGACCACUACGCCAUAGUAGAAUCGAGCAGGCACCACAGGUCGCCCAACCAUCUCGGAUACCCGAAACACUGAAAGCCAUAAGGGCGAGCCCGGAUCGUAACCUUUUAAUCCUCGCUCAAAGCGUAUCGCGGGCUAUUCGUCCAGCCCUGGACCGCCACCAAGGUUACAUCUAACAUACAGCCUUGCAAACGCACUGACAUGUAAAUAAUAUAAAUAUUUGUUUUAACUAAUUUUAUAUACUACCAUUCGUAACAAUAAAUGAACUAUUAAGGA